AUGAACUCUGCGCCGCAGUGGCAAACAUUCAACGACGGCAACUGGAGAACCAUGGAGGAGAAUGUACGUUCCUAUGCUGCGAGUACCGGAACCGAGAUGGAAAUCUACACGGGUAGGCACGGCAUCACAACGCUGCCCAGUAAGACGAAUUACCAGACGGAUUUGUUUCUGUGUAUUGACGGCGGCAACUACAUCCCAGUGCCGAAGCUCUUUUGGAAGAUUGUGUAUAAGGCUAUUACUAAGGCAGCUGUAGUGUUCCUGGGUGUAAACAACCCGUACAUUAAGAACCCUUGCUCUGACUACUACAUCUGCAAAAACGUAUGCCCCAAUAUCACCUGGAUAAAAUGGAAGCCCAAAAGCCAGAAGAAGGGCUACUCGUACUGCUGCGAAUAUGCAGACUUCACGAAAUCUGUGACCGACGCACCCAGCCUCAACGUUACCUCUCUGCUUACGUAA